UCGGCGGAACGGGCGUCAUCUACAGUGCGUGUCGGGUGAAACUUGCUACCGAGGUCUGAGCACUUUUAUAAUGUUUUGCUGAGCUGCGUCGUAAGUUUGUUUCUUGAAACCAAGACGCAAAAGGAGGAACAGCUAGGAUGCUGCGUGUCUGUUGGAAAGGUGCAAACACCGCAGCGCGGAAAUGCUUGUGUGAAAACAUUGCGGUCCAUCCCAGGCAACAGUGUCGCCACUACACUUCAGCUGGAAGCUCAGGGUCUGCUGCAGGUAAGAUUGUGGCUGCUAGCGUCCUGACAGUCGGCGGAGGCCUGGGUGGUACAAUCCUGUAUGCCAAAUGGGACCCUAAAUUUAGAACGAAUGUCGAAAAGAGCAUUCCCUAUUCUGAUAAGCUGUUUGAGUUGACGCUCGGUCCCCCACCACCGCCACUUGUCCCUUUUCCAAAGAAACCGGCAAAAGUUGAACCCCUGCAGAUAUCCUCAGUGUCCGAGGCUUCGAAAGACUCAAAACAGCCGAAAGCAAAAGGCAAAGCUCAAGAAAAGCAGCCCGAGUCAGCACCUGUUGUACAUGAGACUCCAGCACAGGCAUCACAGACCCUGGAGGAGGCCUCAGCUGAGGCAGCCCAUAUCAUUUCAGCCAUCGGCGAGGUGCAGUCUGUUCCCGCACCGGCCACCAGCCAUGAUCCAACCUCUGUGCCUCCAGUUGAAGAAUGUCACGAGUGCGCUCACCAUGAACCAGCACUGAAAGAGCGUCCUAUGGAGGAAGUGGCUGCACGCUUGGCUCAGCAGGACCAGGCUGAACAGGACACUCUGGCAGCUUUAGCAUUUGGACUGGAGGAGGCCUUGGGAACAUCUGCCAAGCUUACACUACACGCCAUUGGAGCCCAGGAGGCAGCACUCCUCGCCAUCAACACGCACACACACAGACUCCGAGAGGCCAUGGACUCCGAGGAUUCUCCAGAUAAGAAGUCAGCUCAGUGGAAAGACCUGGAGGAUGCACUCAGUCAUCGCACACACUCCGUGGACCAGGCUGGACAGGCUCUUCUCCAAGCCAAAGAACAGCUUGAGAAGCUCAGAAGCGUGAUCAACAGCGCUAAGCAAGCAAAUAUUGACGCUGCCAGACCCCAAAUUCUGGCUGCGGAGGAAAAUCUGCACAGUAUGAUUGUGGAUCUGGACAAAGUUGUCACAAAAGUGCACGCAGCUCAGUCCGAGGCAAAGAUUGUGUCACAAUACAGUGAGCUGGUGAAGGAAGCCAAGGUUCAGUUCCAGAAAGAGCUUAGCAGCAUCACCCCUGAGGUCCAGGCCAACUGGAAGGGUCUCACAGGAAAGCUGAGCCCUGAUGAUCUGAAUUCAUUGAUUGCCCAUGCUCACCGGCGUAUCGACCAGCUAAACCGUGAACUGGCUGAGCAGCGUGUACGUGAGCAGAUCCGCAUCGAAGCAGCGUUGGACCAGCAGAAGCAUGAGCACUUGAAAUCUGUGGAUCAGGCUGUGGCCAUCGCACUGGAACAUCACCGUGAGGAGAAGAGACUCGAGCAGGAGAAGAAAGUGCAUGAAGUUCGGGAUGUGAUGGAAGCAGAAAUGAGAACUCAGCUGCGCAGACAGGCAGCUGCACACACAGACCACCUGCGCGAUGUGCUCAAAAUACAGGAACAGGAGCUGCGGGACAAGGCCCAGGAGACUCUGGACAGUAAGUUGAUGGAGCAGGAGAUGAAUUACCGGCGUUUGUCCCAGGAGCAGAUAGAUGCCUUCACUCUGGACAUGAACUCUGCCUACGCCAAGCUCAAGGGCAUAGAAGAGGCCAUUGACAGUCAUGUUAUUGCAGAGGAGGAAGCGCGUAAAGCUCACCAGCUGUGGUUAUCUGUAGAGGCUCUAAAUUAUGCAAUGAAGACUGCAGUUGCAGAUUCACCCUGUGAGCCUCUAGAGGGCGCUGUGCUCGCCAUCAAACAGAGCUGUGCAGACGAUGAGUUCGCCCAGGCCCUGACAUCAGCUCUGCCCGAGGAAUCAGUAAAGCGUGGCGUGUACAGCGAGGCCUCACUGCGUGCCCGGUUUCAUGAAAUCCGUCGGCUAGUCCGACGCGUGGCGCUAAUCGACGAGACGCGUAACAGUCUGUACCAGUACUUCCUGUCCUACUUGCAAUCCGUCCUGCUUUUCGAGAAGGAGCAAGAGGUGCCACCUAGCAAGUUGCUUCCCGAAAACCUAGACCCCUUCAAGCUGCUCGCCUACGCCACCUACAGUGUAGAGCGUGGUGACCUUGAGUUAGCCGCCAAGUUUGUUAACCAGCUGCGAGGCGAGGCACGGCGUGUGGCUCAGGACUGGCUCAGAGAAGCCCGGCUCACUCUGGAGACCAAACAGGUGGUCAGUUUGCUGUCAGCAUAUGCAAAUGCCGUAGGCUUGGGCACCACACAAGCUCCUUAAGUUUCACACAUCAGAAAAAAAAGUUAAGCGUUCAUAAAUAAUGAGGACUGCUGCCCAUCUGCUCACAGCAAGCUGCCCUCCCCAGAUUAAUUUAUCCUGCAACCCAGGUUGGGUUUGUGUUAUUUUUGUGUUUUGUUUUGGGUUUUCCCCCCCCCAGCUGUUAAUAAGCACUUUGCAAGAAGGCUUUGUCUUAAAAUAAUGGCCCAACAGCAUCUUUCUUUGUAAUCACUCUAGGUACAUAUCCCUUAGGGGCACUAAGAAGCACUCUACAUUGUUUAAAUUUUGAGGGUGUAUAGCAGAUGAAUGGGUCUUUGGGUCAGUGCCACUGUCUGAACCGUGUUUGGUCAUCAGUUGAGAAUUCAAAGCUUUAGGUGCAGUAUCCUGAUUGGUUAUUAAUCAGGCUUUUAUAAAUGGUCAGAUCCAUUUUUUCAUGCUAUGGUCAUGAUCUUUCCCUUCAGUACUGGAUGUUAAUAAAUCAUGGUCAUUA